AUGGAUCAUCGAAGAUGCUGUCACUAUGAUGCAAAGGCUUUUCCAUCUGCUGGUUUAUUACCAUUUUUACAAAGUUAUCUAUGCUCUCUACGAAAUCCUUGUCGCAAAAGUCCAACAACAGGCGAUGAUACAAACACAAUUAAUGGCAACAUCGCCAGGCAGUCGCUAGUUGUCAAAAUCAUUAGGAUUAUGGCUGAAAUUUAUGCAGCAAUAGGUUCAGAGCCAGAUAAAUGGGCAAACUUAUGGAAUACGAUUAUUCGAUUGGUUGAUAUACUUGCGCAGCUAAAAUCAGAAGCAUUUCAAAUGCCCAUUCCCAUUUCGCUUUUAAUCAGCAACGAAGGACCAUUGUCAUUGUUAUUUUCCAAUAAGAAACUACACACUCUUUGUGAUAACAAACUGCGUAAAAAGGGAUUAAUUCUUGAAGAAGACGUGUCUGAUGCGAUGUUUCUCUGUGAUUUGUCUUGGCUUCAGAUGGUAUCAACAAGCGAAAAAAUUGUGGAAACAAAAGAAUUAGAGCACAUUUUCAAGACAUUGAACGAUUUUCGCAAUGAUCUGCUAAUUGAAGAUAUGGUUUCAAUUGUAGCUGAUCUUAUCUUCAACAAUAGUUUUUCAAUUACAAGUGCAUUAUACUGUGGAAGUGACUCUUUUGAUCAGUUGUCAAGGAGCAAAGAAUCAAUUCCCGAGAGAGGAGCUGCAACAUCUGCUUACAGUGAUGAUCGCAAUAAAGUUUAUGAUUUUCUACGUCACGUAAUGCCUCAUUCUGAGGAUAAACAUGAUCAAAAAAAGGAUUUCUGUGGUACCAUUCCGAUUCGUUCAGACAACAAUUGUUCUUUUUUGGAAGCAGCUGAAUUAUCUCAACUGAUGCCAAUCAUUAAUGGUUAUAUAUUGUUAUCGCCAGCUUCUCCCGUAAUAACAGAUUUCACACGAAAACUAUCAAAUCCUCUUCGAUGGUUUAGUUUAUUAUACAGCUCAAUUGUUGAUUUUAAUCAGUUGGCGCCACACCUGCAGCUUGCAUUAUUUAAAAGUAAACUUCAUCCAGCAUCGAAAACAGUGAUCGAACUGUUGAAAUUAUUGGAAAAAUCCGGCAUUUUACGUAGUGAUUGGGCGAAAUCUCUCUCAUCUACGUUGGAAACGAUGUUCAACACGCCAGAUGAUGACUCGUCUUUGUUUAUGCAAAUAAAAAGAAUAUCACUGUAUGUGGAGGAUAUUCUGCAAUGCUUUACAUUCGAUCGCUUUUUCAUUGUUUCAAACGAAAGUGAACUGGUAAAUUGUGCUCAGUGUCUGAUGGAUUAUAAUCAAUACAUGGCUGGUAUUGUUAUCCUCGGUAUUGAUCAAAACUCCACAGAUUUACCAUCUAUAGUAACUUACAAAAUACGCUAUCCACCGAAUUAUAUUGAUUCAACUAGACAAAUAAUGGAUUCAUUUGCCCAUCAGAGUUCACGUGACCACUUCUUAGUUGAUCUCAAAUAUCUAACAUUUGGAUUCAGUUUUCUUCAAGAAGCUGUAGAUAGGAUCAUCAUUGAAAAUGCUACUGCUCAGGAGUUUGCAACGGGUUUAUAUGCUCAGCAAGAGCCAUAUAAAUGUUCUUUUAUUGAUAAAUUUGACAUCAUGAACUUUCUGGAAAUGUUUGUCAUUCUAUCGUGGAUGAUUCCAUCAGCAUUACUUGUUAAGAAUAUCGUUCAUGAGAAGGAAAUGAGAUUAAAAGAAAUGAUGCGUAUUAUGGGUCUUGGAGAUUCUAUCCACUGGGUUUCAUGGAGUCUACAAUCAUUUUUGCUGUGCUUCAUCUCAACUCUUUUCAUUUCUCUCCUACUUAAGCUAUUCUUUCCUCAAACAGCGGUAGCAUAUGGUCUGGAACUAAUUCACUUGGCUGAUAUUAAUUAUAUGACUAGUUGGUCCGCUAUUACUUCUAUAUAUGUUAGAGUUUUGAAGAAAAUCUGUCACUAUUUAAUUACAACAGAAUAUGGCAUCACCCUCUCGACAAUAAUCAUUGCGUUUGCAUUGGACACAUUUAUAUAUGCUAUUUUGGCUUGGUAUGUUAGUGCAGUAUUCCCAGGUGCUUAUGGUGUACCACAACCAUUUUAUUUUUGCCUUACUUUACGAUAUUGGCUUGGGGACAAAUAUAUUACACAUACGUCUUUGAAAUCUUAUUCAUCUGACAUAACAUCAGAAAAUUUCGAACAAGAACCAGUAGACUUGAAUUUAACAGUUAACAUUUGCAAUCUUGUGAAGAUUUACAAUAAUGGAAUUAAAGCGUUGAAUAAUUUGAAUAUUCGAUUCUUUGAGUCGGAGAUAACUGCUUUUCUGGGUCAUAACGGUGCUGGGAAGACGACCACUAUUUCAAUUCUGACUGGUUUCACAAAGCCAACAUCUGGUAAUGUGUUUGUCUAUGGCUUGAAUCUUAAAACUGACAUUCAAACUAUACGUAGCUUCAUUGGCAUAUGUCCACAGCAUAAUAUACUCUUUGAUAAAUUAACUGUCGCUGAACAAUUACGAUUUUAUGGUGCUUUGAAAGGUAUUCCAAAACACAAGUUAGAUUCUGAAGUCUCCAAAACUAUUAAAGAUCUCGGCUUCAGUGGCUUGGAAAAUAAAUUUGCAAAUUUGCUUUCAGGUGGAAUGAAGCGCAAAUUAUGCAUAGGUAUUGCAUUAAUUGGUGGUUCAAAAUUGGUAAUUCUUGAUGAGCCAACAGCAGGGGUAGAUGCUCAUUCUCGGAGAUUUAUUUGGGAUAUACUAAUGAGAAAUAAAACAGGUCGUACAAUUAUUCUUUCCACACAUCAUAUGGAUGAAGCGGAUGUACUAGCUGAUCGGAUUGCUAUCAUUUCUGAGGGUCAACUCCGAGCUGCAGGCUCAUCAUUGUUUCUCAAAAAAAAGUUUGGAAAUGGACUGCAUUUGCAUGUUUGGAAAGCAUCGUCUGUUAGUGAAGAAUCCGAAAACCCUUUACACAAUUUUUUGUUAAAACAAACUGGUGGUCACUGCGUGCUUGCAGAACAGUAUGGAAAUGAGGAACUUUAUCAAAUAUCAGACAACCUUGGGGCUUCUGAUUUGAAAAAAUUGUUUGAGGAGAUUGAUGCAUUAAAAGAUGAAUUUGGAAUCAUUAAUUAUGGUAUUACUGCUCCUACGUUACAACAGGUUUUCUUAAAAUUAGCACCAAACGAAGAAAGAAUUCUUCAGAAGGAUCAGCGCAGAUUAUGGAUUGCAGAAACUUUCUGUUUUCUAGAUCAUGGACAUCCUGUUGUGACGUACAUAAAUGACAAAACUCAGUUGAGAAAUCAGCAGUUAAAAGCUGCAAUAAUGAAACGUCUGCACAUAUCACGACGAAGCAUUGUAGUGAUGUGUAUUGAGAUAUUGGUACCAAUAUUUUUGAUAUUUGCGGCGGAAAUAUAUCGCAAACUUGUUGUUGAACUAAGCAUAAGCUAUAAACCAGAACCAGAACCUCCUCUGGAACUUGUCAGUGGAAUUUAUGGAGACUGGACUCUAGGUUAUUUCAGUCUCGAAAAUCAAAAUCAAACAACGAGGGGAGAAGAAUACCUGAAAGCAAUGAUGGUAUUUCCUGGAACUGAUGUUCGCUGCACUGAUGACAGUCCUCUCAACCCUGCUUUAGAUGGAUCGAUUUAUUCGUGCUAUGUUAAUGUCAGCUUCUUAACGAAUCUCACUCUGCCAUCCGCACCAGCUCCUUUCAACGUUCCACAGAAAUGUGGCUGUGAUUUUACAGGUUGGAACUGUACAGCUGAUGAUGAUUUUAAUUACACUUUGCGCAAUGUAACACUGCCAUCAGCCAAUAUUUUUUAUGACGUUACUUAUCGAAAUCUUUCGCAGUUUCGAUUGCUUACAUCAGAUUUAGCUAUUAAAUAUCCAUUAAUGACGGGUGGUUGGCAGUUCGCUCAAAUCAGUGAAGUAGCGUUUGAUGCCGCUAAAACAUCUAGUGCUCAGCGUGGGUUCAUCGAAACCUUAAAUUUCUUGGAAAGUGCAUCCAAAGCGUGGAAUAUCGACUGGCAGCAUAUUGUGGAUAACAUUAGCUUUGUGGAUAAUCGAUUCAAACCUGAUAAUAAAACUUUUAAAGAUCUGAUUGUGCUUUCUUUAGCAAAUAUGGAUAAAGAAGAAAAUACUAAGAUAUGGUACAAUAAUAAACUAUGGGCUUCCUUACCUAUUUUCACCAAUGCAUAUCAUAAUGCUGUCUUACGCUCUGGAAAUUCUUAUAAUCCAGCGAGUAUGGGAAUUCUUACUUAUUCACAUCCGAUCAAUUAUACAUUGUCAUCUUAUACAGAAAAUGUUCCAUUACUUAAAAUGAUGUCUUUUCGCAUAAUUUUAUUGCUUCUUGCGGUUUCACUUAUUAGUGCUUCAUUUGGCUUACCGCUUGUCGAAGAACGAGUAUCACUCAGUAAGCACUUGCAAAUGAUCUCAGGCUUAUCACCACUGAUUUACUGGCUUGCUGUUUCUGUAUAUGAUAUUAUAAUAUUUCUAAUAGCUGCUGUCAUAAUUGUCAUUGGUUAUAUUAUCUUGGAAGUGGAUCAAUUUGCUGUCAGCUUCCUAUAUUCGGUUGUAUUCUUCAUUUUGCUCUUUUGCACAGGACUAACUCUCACAUCGCUGACUUAUCUGUGUCAGAUGAUAUUUUCCAUCCCUUCUUUGGCGUAUAUCGUUAUUGGUGUCGGAUUCUUCUUCAUUGGUGCAAACUGCACUACAGUUGUGAUAUUCUUAGAAAGUCAAUUGCUGCAGGACAAAGCAUUGGUAUUAGCUUAUGACAUCUGUAGUGUUUUGUUUAUGGCUCUUCCGCAUUACAAUUUUGGCAUGGCUGUUUAUAGACUUAAUUUUGUGACCCUUUUACGAAUGCAAGGGGAAUCAUAUCUAAGUAACAUAAAUCGAAAAGAUGAACUUGAUCAUCUUCCUCUACCCAAUCCACUUGAGUGGCAUCUGAUGGGAAAGCAUCUUAUAGCACUUAUCGUCCAAUUUCAUAUAUUUUCGAUCAUCUUACUCUUAAUUGAGUACCGUUUUCAAUGGCAUUCAUGCACAAAAUAUUCUGAAUUGAAACGCACAAAGAAAUUGUUAUCAGCCUCUACAGAUUCUAAUGUGGAUGAGGAUGUUGUUAAGGAACGUAAGAAAAUAGAAAAUUUAGUUCCAGAAUCAAGUAACGAUUACAGAUUAAUUGUUCGAAAUGUCUCAAAGUCUUACGAUGGACAGACGUUAGCUGUGCGAGAUGUUACAUUCGCAGUGAAAAAUGGUGAAUGUUUGGGAUUAUUGGGAGUGAAUGGAGCUGGAAAAACCACAAUGUUCCGCAUGUUGACAGGACAGAUGUCAAUUGGUGCUGGAGAUGCCUUCAUCAACAGCUUAAGCAUUCAAUACAACAGUUCGAGUAAUCCGAGAAGUUCUGGUUAUUGUCCUCAGUUCGACGCGCUGAACCCAAAACUGACUGCCAGGGAACAUCUUAGAUACUACUCGUUUCUUCGAGGAAUCAGGAAGGAUUGUGUAGAUAAGGUAGUAAAUUGGACUUUGAACGAGCUACAUCUGAACACGUACGCAGAUGAGGUAGCGGGAAGUUAUUCAGGUGGAAAUAAGAGAAAGCUAUCAGUAGCCUUAGCUUUAGUCGCGGAUCCACCAUUACUACUUUUGGAUGAACCGAGCUCGGGGAUGGAUCCCUCCACCCAACGCUUUAUGUGGAAUGUUUUGCUGAAAUUACGUAAAAACAAGCGUGCGAUGGUUGUAACAUCACACAGCAUGGAAGAAUGUGAAGUACUGUGCAGUCGGGUCGCUAUUAUGAAUCGCGGGGAAUUGCAAUGUGUAGGACCCAUUCAGCAUCUCAAACAAAGAUUUGGUGAGGGAUAUAGUUUAACUAUUAGAUUGUCAAAAAAGGAAAGUAUCAAAAGCGUGCAGAAUUUAAUGGCAACAUUUCUUCCUGCUUCGCGUUUAGCUGCCGUCCACUCUUUAACUAUGUUCUAUCAAAUUCCAAACGCAUCUUCUACGGUUGCACAUAUAUUUGAUGUAAUAUGCAAGAUGCAAGAUACCAUAGAAAUUGCCGAUUAUUCAUUGUCACAAACAACUCUAGAUGACAUGUUUGUCUCGUUUGUGGAAAUGUCAUGCAACGAAUGUGACCCAAGUAAAACACCAUCAAGCGAAAAUUGA